GGCGGCAGAGGCCGCGGAGAGGCCGCCCCGCCCCCGCAACGCGCUUUAAGAGCCCCGGCGGUGGCCGGAACCGCGGCUGCGGACGGGCGAGACGUGAAAAGGUGAACGUUGGACAGGGAGGCGUACAAAACCGGUUUUGCAUAAAAGUUGGUGAUAAUCGACUGAGAAGCAUCACUUGAUAGCCUCCUGAUAGCCUCUUGCAACAAGAGCACUCCGUCGUGCGUGCCAUCAUCCAUCAGGUCCUCACGAGUGAAAAGUGCUGAAGGAGUGUAAUAAAUUGAACCUGUGCUGUUAUACUGGUCAAGAAAGACAGACGACAGUUUGAACCAUGGCAAGCCAGGACUUGAUGGCAAAAAAAAGAGAAUGUCUCCAGGCCUACAGCUGGUGGAGAACACCGCAGAAGAAACGGAAGAAAAAGAACAAAAUAAAACCAGGAAGAAUAGAGUUUGUCCCUAGUAGUACUAACACAACCAGACCAGAUUAUUCAAUAUUUGUUGGGGAGCUGACUCCAGAAGUAGAUGAUUUUCAGCUCUAUGACUAUUUCCUAAAGAGGUACCCUUCAUGUAUUGACUGCAAAAUAGCAACAGACCUGCUGGGAUAUUCCAGAGGGUAUGCCUUUGUCAGAUUUGGUGAGCAAGGUGAUCAGAUGAGGGCACUGCAAGACUGCCAGAAUGCACCGGGUCUGGGGGGAAAACGAAUCCGGCUGAGCAUAGGAAUUUCUAAAAGACUGAAAGCAGAAUUCCAGCGGUACCAGUCAUACAACUAUAAUGAUUAUUAUCAAGAUUAUCAGAACUACUAUUCACAGUGGAAUUACGAUCCUUAUGCUGACUACAACUACAGCUCCUAUACUCCCUAUGAUAGCAUGCAAGCUGUUGGAGACUGCUCUUUAGGAGAUGCUGUUAUGGCUCCAGCUGUUUUUGAGGAAGCUUCAGCUAUGACUGAAAUCAAUGAUGACCUAAUAACUGAAGAUCCACAGCUGUACUUGGAUGUUGAUGAAAUGAACAGACAAUUUAUGGAGACAAGUGAAGAACUCUAUGAUGCCCUCAUGAAUUGUCACUGGCAGCCUCUGGAUACGGUCACUUCUGACAUCCCCUCUGCUAUUUAAGUGUCUUACAUAGCGUGACCGUUAAGACCAAGGUGCUAAAAUUACAUUUCUUCUACAUUACUCUAGAUUAUAAGUUUUAAAGCACAAUGAUAGGUUGGGGUUUUUUUUUUGGCUAUGCUUUUGGCAGUUUCUGUAAUUUUUUUUUUUUUUUUGUUCAUCACUUGGAGCAUCUUGAAAUCAUGUAAAUAUUCUAGAAAUGUAAAGAGUUCAAUGGGGGUCUAAAGAUAGACUUGCCUGUGUAAAUAAAAUUUUGUUUCUGCAAACUGGCCAGCAAGAGAUUUUACUUACAUAUGCGAAACAUCUUCUCUUCUGGCUUGUGGAGUUUAGCUGGAGGCAGUAGGGGUAUUUCACCUGUCUUUGGUAUGGGCGUCAGUACUAGCAAGAACUAGCUCUCACAUACUUCCAAGACACCUAGGCAAUCUUACAAGGUCUUAAUCUUAACAUGCUGUACAGUUUUAACAUACAGAAGGGUAAACUUGGAGCUGCUGUAGCUGCAAACAUUCCAAAGACUAAGGAUGAUACCUACUGAUAAUUUUAUUUCUGCCCUUCUUGUUCGUGUUUUCAUCUGACCUUUUACAGCAAAUAAACUGGUGUAAUAUAAUACCUGUUCUUACACAUAAAAAUCCUUGGAGGAAACCCUGUGGUUUAAAGAAGGAAGAAAAACCCAUCAGGAUUUAAAGUAUCAUAGUAUCCUCUUCAACUAAGUUCCGCCCUAUUCUAAACAUCUGUUAUUUGUCCAGUCUUCAUACUCAGAUGUUUCAUAGUGAUGAGGUUUAUAACAUUUUAGGAUGACAGUUCUCAGUAUUCAAGUCAAAAGAGGUUAGGGGAAAUUGCAAUGAAGAAAGUUCUACUUUAAGAUAGCAACUUGUGAGUGGCUUCCUCUGAACUGUUCUUCCCUGAAAGGGUAUAAAGUAUUUUCCAGUCAUAGGGACAGCUUAAGCUCCUGUUACUACUUAAUGUACUCAAUGAAAUAAAUUCAGGCUGGAAACAAAAGAAUACUUUUAGAAGAGAAAAAGGUAGAAAUUUUCAUAUAGCUAAUACACGUGAAAGCUACUGAAGCUACUCAAGGCAUUUUGAUACUGAUGUGUGUUUUGGGGGCAGUCUAAACCAUAAUUGCUAGGGUGGCAGGUUUUUUUUUUUUAAUGACUUAAUUACAUUCAAGUGGUGGUCAUAUCCUGUAUGCUGUUCUUAAACGUGAAACUAGUACUGCAUUGCAGAGUGAUGACUUGGCACAGCAGGUCCCUUCUACCUGCUCAUCAGAAUCUCCCUCUUUUCACAGUUUAAUUUCAGCUGGGAUUUUUUUUUUAAGUCCCACCCAUGAAAUACAGAUGCUCUAAACUGGAAAGGUCUUUUGGUGUGAUACAGGCACUUCAUGCUUUCUGAAUUUUGUGCAUUGUGUAUGUAGAAAGAGAGAAAACAAAAGCUCUUCUUUUAGGCAGGGAGACAACUAUCACAGUCUUAGAAUGCUUCCCUGCUUUGGAGAGAACUAGUUGCCAAGUGGCUGAAAACUGAGAUUUUGUACAUGAAUGUUUCUCUGGUGUGAACUGGUUAGUCUUUGGAGGGUCACAGUAGGGAGAUUAAUAAUGGGAAUGUGACAGAAAGUGGAAUAAAUGAAGCAAAGGGAAUCUGGAUGGGGAAGGGAACUGUGCGUCUGUAUAGAAUUGUUUCACAGGAUUGCAGAAGGGAGGAAGCUCAAGAUAAUAGAUGCAGGCCCAUUGAAUUUGGAUGUGAGUGUGUUAAACUUUCAAAACCAUGCUGGAUUUGAUGUCACUUCAGUUGUAGUGCACAGUUGUGGUGCUUGAGCUUGGUAGUACAAACCAGUUGCUAGACAAAGGAUUUUGUAUCUAGCAAGCACCAUCAUCACAAGCUGGAAGAUUAUAACCCAGGUACAGACCUAGAAACUUCCUGCUUUGAAGUGCAUAUCCUGCUUUGCAUAGCAUUACCUAACACCAUACUUUACCUGUAGCAAGUAAUUUCUGGAAACCUUUAAUUGUGUUAUCAGAUACUGAGGGUACAUGUUGGCUUGGUAGAAAUACUAUAGGGUAUCCACUGAUUCUUAGCUUUUGGGAGGUUGAUCCAUGUGUGAAUGAUGUAAUAAGGAAUCCAUGUGGUUAUGUGAUUUCAGUUUGAUCAGCACUGUAUCACCACAGCACAUAAACCUCAGAGUCUGUAGUCACCAUAUUUAUGCAGAUUUUAUAUCUUAGCAAGGUUUCCACACUGUGCAUUAGAGACUGUUUUCAGACAUGCACCUUCUGUUCUGGGCUGCGAAGUACCCGUAUAGUGAAAAUACUGUUUAUGAAAUGUAGUGAAAGAGGUUGUUUGGGCCAUUAAUUGUGCAAACCUGAGAAAUGUUGGGGAAUAUAUUUUCUUCAGUCAGCACAGAAUAAAAGUGAGGUGAAGAAGGGAGUCUGCUGGUUGCAGCCUGUGUGAGACUGUUUUAAAUAGCUCUCUGACUUAGUUUUCUGUCUCCUGAGCCUUUCUAGUCUAUACUGCUUACCAGUUAGGAGUGCAUAUAUGGGAUCAAGAUACUGUGUGCAGCAUGUUCUUUAUUGUAAAUGCACACUGAAAAAACUUCUGUAUUGGUGUAAGCACAAAUUUGGGAAAAAGUGAGUGCAUCAGAUCUGCUGGCAUUCAUUGCUGAGACUUUUAACUGAGGAAACUUCCAGCACUGGUCCAGCUACUGCCUGAAUUAGCAAGCCUACACAAAGGCCUGAACAUGUCCGUGAUACAGAUGCCUGCUCUCAGUUCUAUAAAGAGCUAAUUGCAGUAGAAACAUUUAAAAAAAAAAAGUAUUGGGACCAAUGUUUUGAACACUACGCUAUUUCACUUUGGUUGUGUUUUGUCUGUUUUGCCCAGCUGAAAUGUUGUGGGGUUUUUUAAGUCUGAUGAAAGGUUUUUUUUGAAGAAUAUCUAGUAUUGGUUUUAUAAACUUAUCAUUGUACCUAGCUGUGAUAGAUAGUGCCUUUACCUAAAACCCACUUAUUUCUUGAAGAAGAGUAAUGUUUUUGUUUUCCACUUCUCUGAACAGAAAAGCUUUAGUACCAUGGUUUGAGGGGCUAAUGAUCCUGCAGUCAGUGAACAGGGACAUAAAAACAGGCUAAAAACCAGUGAAGACUGAAAAGUGUUCAAAAAGGUUAAAUGGUACUUAAGCCGUGAAUGUUUCUUUUUGCAGGGAUGCUCUUGGACCAACAGCUUCUUUCUAGUGCUACCUCAAAGUAACUUGCAGAUAUAACUCACAGGGAAGAUUGAUCAAAUGGUGAUGAUCACUAUCAUUCUGCUGGACAUAUAUAUAUAUUUGCCUUUUGUUUUGUCUCAUUUUUAAUGACACUUAUUUAACUUCAGUGACUCAUGUCAAUAGACAUUGUUUGACUACAUCAACAAGUACUUCUGACUCAUGAGUUUCUUUAAAGGUAUGUCACCAUAUGAAAACUGUUCUAAAUAGGUAAAAUAAGUAAAUAAAGCAGCACUUGAAUUUA